AUGUCAGCACCUGUCGCAGUCACGACGACCCUUUUCAUCGCCUUCGCAGCUGCUCUUGGUCGUAACUUCGACUAUGAGAGCCAAAGAUGGGGCUUUCGGGGGCGAAUUUUGGGCCUUUUCAGGCUCGUCGACACGAAUGCGGCCAGACAGCUGCAUUGGAACAUCAACACCUGGACUGAUGACGAGGUCAUGGCGUGGAAGCAAUCUUGCAUCUCGAAUUGCACAGCUAUCCAAGUGGCUGGUGCCAUAUUUGCCAGCGUUGGCCUGACUGCCCUUCAGCUGCCAAACAUGGACUCCUCGCACUGGAGCGCGCGGGCUCUCCUCUCCUGUUCGAUGAUUCUUGGAGUCUUGUCUGUCGUGCAAGCGGCAUCGUUGCAACAACACAUCUCGGUGCUCAACAGGGCCUUCGACAUCCGGUUGUGGCUCAGCCGGGGCAAGAUUGAAACGGACAAAACCCAUUAUCGUCGGCCCUUUCACUACCUCCCUCUGGAGAGCUCGGUAGCGACCCUAAAACAAUUCUCCAUGCCGAAGGCCCUUCUCAAUUGGGCUGUUCUGCUCUACACAGUUGGGUUCGGCAUCUACCUGUUGUUUGCGUGGAUAUAUCACGUCGAGUCCGAAGGUGGGAGAAAUGACUUUCGCAACGUCUUCAUGUCCUUCGUUGCUACAGUGGGUGUCGUCUAUGUCAGUGUCUUUGUCGUGGACAUGUUUGCCAUUGCGGACGAAAGGAAAAGAGUUUUCGAGUUCGAUCUGAACAGAACUACCACGUUCGCAAAGCCCGUCUCGCAGAAACAGCUCGAGGAAUGGCUGGCCGCGCUGCAAGAUAUGCAGAACACCACGGUAGGAAGCGGGGAGCUUUAUGCAAGGCUCGAAACUGCCGUUGAGAAACUGCAGUCGAAAUGGGACGCAGAGAGAAGGCUGGAGCGAUUGCAGCUUAAGCGAGAGCUUCGCCGGCAACUAACAGAGAUGCGAGAAGCCAGGGUCGGUGCAGAACAGGCGUGA